GUUUGUUUGUGGACAACACGUUCUUUGUUAUUCAACUGCAAAGACAAUACAAAGCGGGCCUCUCCUCACAAAUGCAACCACCGCAAAUCACGAUCUGUUGAAGGUCACUUUGAAUUGAACUGUACACAGGGGCCUCUGCUCCAUGUUGCUCUGUCAGGAAUUUGAACAAAGGGGUGAUGCAUCCUUUGAGUGCAAGGUCACGUAUAAAAGCAACAGGAGGACACCGAGAUAAUUGUGCAGUCCCUUUGAGCUAAUACAAUCAGCCAACUGUAGCCAUGACCAUGGGCAAGAUCAUCUUCUACGAGGACAGGAACUUCCAGGGUCGUUCCUAUGAGACCAGCAGUGACUGUGCCGAUAUGUCCUCCUACCUGAGCAGGUGCCACUCCUGCAGGGUGGAGAGCGGCUGCUUCAUGGUCUACGACCGCACUAACUACAUGGGAAACCAGUUCUUUGUUAGGAGGGGAGAGUACUCUGACUACCAGCGUAUGGGCAUGAGCGACUGCAUCAGGUCUUGCCGCAUGAUCCCCAUGCACAGAGGCCAGUUCAGGAUGAGGAUCUAUGAGAGGGAGAACUUCAGUGGUCAGAUGCAUGAGCUGAUGGACGACUGUGACAACAUGAUGGACCGCUAUCGUAUGAAUGAAUGCCAGUCCUGCCACGUGAUGGACGGCCACUGGCUGAUGUUCGAGCAGCCCCACUUCAGAGGCAAGAUGAUCUACCUGAGGCCCGGCGAGUACAGGAGCUUCAGGGAGCUGGGCCUGAGUGGCAUGAGGUUCAUGAGCAUGAGGCGUAUCAUGGAUUCCUGCUAUUAGAGCACCAGUGUAUAAAAGCAAGGUUUUAAAUAAAAUCUAGCGAUUCUCUUUUAAAUGAAUUCCUCUUGAAUUCUUCCUCUUACUGACUUUUUCUGAAAGAAUCUCAUUUAAUACCCAUGAACUCACACAACAAAGUGCAACU